AUGGACUCCAAAUCAGCCUCGCUCGUCAACGAAUCCCCUCCCAGCUCGGACGCUGCCGUGCAUCUCGAACGUCUCGCCGCCGACGAGGAGAAGCAUGUCGGGCAUGUCGGAAGUCUGCCGGUCGAAGGGUACGCCGACUCACUUGAAAAGAGCCAGGGCGUGUAUGUGGACGUGACGAAUCGAGAUGCCGUCAAGGGCGACGAGUCGGACGGCAAGGUCGAUUGGACUUGGCUCCAGAUCACGGCCACCGUCUGCCUUUCGGGCUUAUACGUCGGCUCCCAAAUCCCACUCUACUUCCUGGGUGGUACCCUGACCUAUAUCUCCGCCGACCUUGGAGGCACGAAGGCGUCCGCGUGGCUUCCCGUAGCCUAUUCUCUGGCUCUUGGUGCCGUGACGCCCUUUUGUGGCUAUCUGCAAGACUUGCUCGGUAGACGCUAUGUGACUCUCACGGGAGGCACGAUUCUCCUGAUCGGUUGCAUCGUCAUGGCCACGGCCCAGAACUUCCGAUCCGGCGUGGUCGCCAUGUGCUUUGCCGGAGCUGGUGCAUCCAUCGGCGAGCUGACUGCUGUGGCUGGAACCGCUGAGCUGGUCCCUAUCAAGAAACGAGGCAUUUACCUGUCGAUAGUGACAGCAUCCAUCCUCCCCUUCGCUCCUUACCUGCUUUAUGCUCAACUGCUGGCCAAACACGCCACAUGGAGAUGGGGCAUGUGGCUCUGUGUGAUCUGGAACGCUGUGUGGUUCACGGGUAUCGCCAUCACGUACUUCCCCAAGUCGCAGACUCGAGCACGAGGCGUGUCUCGAAGAGCUGCCCUCAAGAGGAUCGACUAUAUCGGAGGCCUGCUAUCCAUCAUCGGCUUAGUUCUCUUCCUCAUCGCGCUACAGGCGGGCGGAUCCUCCCACCCCUGGAAAAGCGCCUACGUGCUGGUCAACCUCUUCAUUGGUUUCUCCUUGCUUGUCGCCUUCUUCAUCUGGGAGUGGAAGUUCGCCAGAUAUCCCAUGAUUCCCAAGGAGUUGUUCCAGGGUCAGAAUAUUGUUGCCAGUUGCUUCGUCGUGGCGUUUGUGUCAGGAAUGAACUUCUCCGCUCUGCUCAACUUCUUCCCCUUGGAAUUCACGACCGUUUUCGUCCCUGAUCCAAUCCAAAUCGGCUUGAAGGAUCUCCCAGCCGCGCUUCUGUUGAUCGGGGGCUCCGUCGCCACCAAUGCAUUGCUGUCAUACCUGAGGGGUCACGGGCGCGAGUUGAUGCUUGUCGGUUGCCUCAUCAUGAGUCCUAUCCUAUAUUCUACGCCCACCGAACCCUUCUCGCUGGGUCUAGAUGAACUAAUUUCAUCUCUUCUUGCAGCUUCCUUCUCUGGCGCCCUUGCAUCCAUCACCCCGAACGGGACCGCCGCAGUGAUCGGAAUCGGUUCCAUGGCCGCGCUGGGCGUCGGUAUGGUGACAUCCCCAGCGUCGACCAUCGCCAUCACAGUAGCACCAGACUCGACCAUCGCGACAUGCGUGGCUUUGAUCAUGUGCAUCCGCGCCACGGGCGGCUCCAUCGGCUACGCCAUCUACUACAACGUCUUUAUCGAGAAGCUGACCCCGGCCCUGCCAAAAUACGUGGCCGAGUACGCCGUGGCAGCCGGCCUGCCCAUCGGCGAGGCCGAGCCUUUCACCGCGCUCUUCCUCACCGCCCCGCAGAACGUCACCGAGGUGCCCGGCGUCAAUGCCGCGAUCGUCGAGGCCGCCACGAUCGGCAGCCGCUGGGCCUACGCCCACGCCCUCAAGUACGUCUGGUACAUCAGCCUGGUGUUUGGCAUUUGCUCCAUCGUCGCAUGCUGCUUCGUCAACAAUAUGCAAAAGUACAUGACAAACCGGAUUGCCGCAAAGGUUGGCAACUAA